AUGGUACAUGGCCAGGUGGGUGUUCGCCAGAGGAGCGUGCGGCGCUCUGUGCUCGCUGCUCACCCUGAUCGCCCUGCAGCUAGGCGCGCCCAUCGGAGACGUGGCGGCGUUGGGCAGCAUCAACACUGUGGCGGCCGCCCUGCUGGGGCGCCUGUUCCUCGGCGAGGCGCUGCAGAGGGCGCACUUGGCCGGAAUCGCGUGCGCCAUUGCAGGCGCCGCGAUGAUCGGCUUCGGCGGGUCCAGUUCCGACAGCGAGCAGGCGUGGCUCGGGUACCCGUUGGCGGUGCUGGCAGGUUUGUCGCAGGCCUUCCAGUUCAUCUUCGCACGCAAGACGUGCCAGCGCCCUUCCUUUCCGUCGCUGGGGCUUUCUCGCUCUCCCUCAUGACCAUGUUGGCGGUCGGCACGGGGCUGGUGCAGGACGCGAGCUUGACGCAGGCAUCCGAGCGCCCAGGCGAGGCAGCGCUGUGGCUCGCUCUGCUGGGGGCCGUGAUCCUGAUCAACACGGCGAGCAACAGCACCGGCGGCCAGCUGUGCCCCGCCGCCGUGAGCGCCACGCUGAUCAUGGGCGCCGGCAUGGUCUCCGGCUAUGCGGUGCAGGCCGUGGUGUUCGGCGCCGAGGGUUCUCCCCCACGCUCGCCGCCGAUCCUCGGCGCCGCGCUGAUGAUGGCGAGCAUGCUCUUCAUGGCCUCCAGCCGGGCCCAGCCCGCGGCCGACGCUCCGCGCCCUGCGGUGCUCGGGGUGGUGCCCGGGCUGCAGCCCGACGAGCCCGAGGACGCCGCGACCGAGGGCGAGCCGGACGACGGUGCCGAGAGCUUUCGCUCCUUCGCGUCUUUCGCGUCCGCCGAGUUCGCCGCCGCCUCGCCCACGGCGGCCGUGCAGCUGCAGCGCCGCAAGGCCCGGGCGGCCGCCCCGCCGGCGAGGCCCGCGUGUGCCCCCGUCGCGCGCACCCUCGGCGCCGCGGUCGUGGCGGCCACCUGCGCCCGGACGUGA